AUGAAGAAGAGAAUGGCCGGCAAGCCGUUCCUCAUGGCUUCCAGCUUGUCCCAUCAGUGGCCCUUCGGCUGGGAGGGUUGCCGCCAUUAUGGAUGGAUUAGCUUCUUUUUUGGGUGUGGUAGCCUCAUCACCUUGACGAUCAUCAGCCUGGAUCGCUACCUGAAGAUCUGUCACUUGAGAUAUGGAAUCUGGCUGCAAUGGUGACAUGCCUUCCUGGCACUGAUAUUCAUCUGGGUAUAUGCCGCCUUCUGGGCCACCGUGCCGCUGCUGGGCUGGGGGGAGCUGGCCCCUCAGCCGUUCGGCACCUCCUGCACCCUGGACUGGUGGCUGACCCAAACUUCCGUCUCGGGCCAAAGUUUCAUCUUGAGCAUCCUCUUCUUCUGCCUCAUCCUCCCCAUCAGCAUUAUCGGCUUUUCCUAUGUCAAGAUCAUCUGCACAGUCGAAUCGUCUGCCCAGGCGGUGUCCCGAUUUGACACCGGGAACAAACACAGGCACACCGUGGAGAUGAAACUCACUAAAGUGGCAGUGUUGGUUUGCGCAGGAUUCUUAAUAGCGUGGAUUCCCUACGCCGUGGUGUCUGUGUGGUCUGCCUUUGGGGAGGCCGAUUCUGUUCCCAUCACAGCCUCUGUGGUGCCAACCCUGCUGGCUAAGUCAUCCGCUAUGUACAACCCCAUCAUAUACCAGGUCUUCAACUGCGAGAGGGCCCUCUGCUUCAAAGGAAUAAGGUAAAGGAGACACUACAGCACAUCAAGGUUUUACACCAUCUCAGUUGGGGUAAAAGACUCUCCAGCUAUUGAAGCCUCCGCUGAAAUGUGAGGAGAAGAUGGGAUCAGAGAUGGCUGACACUGCAGCAUUUGGUUUGGGUCCAAUCUGAGGAUCCCUCUACAUGCAGAUCCCAGCCCAGACUGGCGGGCCUGACCCUCCAUCACCAUUCCUGCAAGAACCUGAAGUUUCCAGCGUUUGGGCCAAUCGUAGUUGGAUGACUGAAGCAGACAGGAAAGGACACAGGAGGAAGAAGGAGGAAAAAAACACUGCAGAUAAGUUAUGUAA